AUGGGCGUCUGUACAAUGGAGAGCGAUAGCGAAAACGAGUCGCAUGAUGAAAUCGAGAUCGAGCAGGAAGCCGAUGGAGAUAACACGGGCGCCGAUGAUGACAGAAUUGAUGAGGAAGCCGAUCCCGAACCUGGGACGAGCGAACAAGGACGUGCUACAGAGCCUAAGGGCUCUGCUCUUCCAAUCCUACGCCCAGAAACUGUUCAAGCAUCGGUAUAUGACAUCGUACCUACAAUAGCAGCGCCACAAAGCACAUCCAUAAAUGCGGUGACCUCUACACCUGACCUGCGCUUCGUCUUCUCUGGAGGCUCGGACGGAUACAUUAGAAAGUUCAAUUGGGUCGAGACUGCAAACGGUAAGUCUAUGUUGACUGUCGCCCAAAGGCAUCCUUUCGUAGACAGUGUGACAAAAGCUGGAGUACUUACUAGCUACUGGGAGAAUGCGGACCCUUCAACCGUGUCGGCGGUGUAUUGCUUAGCCGUACAGCGGGAAGCCUUGUGGCUACUUUCUGGAUUGGAAGGUGGUGGCAUAAACCUUCAGGCUGUGAGACAUGACGAGGGAAAGCGAAUAGCUUUGCUACGUGGCCAUACCUCUGCCAUUUCUGCCCUGAAUUUAGCUACAGACGAGCAAUCUUGCCUGUCUGGGAGCUGGGAUAAAACUGUGCUCGAUUGGGAUUUGAACACUGGGAAGACUAUACGUUCUUUUGAUCGAAGUACCGGUCAGAUUUCAGCCUUAGAGAGACGUCCCUUCUCUAGCUUGCCUGUGCCCCAAGUGUCAGGAAACAUGCAGGAAUCGGGCUUUGACGAGUUGUCAAACAACGCGAGUAAGCCCCGAGCUAAUAGUGUCAAUGUAGAAGGCAGUGUGAAGGAUGAAGCCGUAGAUGCAGAAAAAUCCCCUGCGGACUCGCUCUUCGACGCAGACGCAGACUCUUUGUUCGGUAACGAUGAUAAUGUUGGAGGGUCUGGUGUACCUUUUGAUGACGACGACAAUGAUUUUUCUCGUGCCAUCGCCAGUGACCUACAAGAGCGCCAGCAAGUCGAAAUACUCGAAGGCCAAGGUGAAAAUAUCAAGGAAGAGUCACUCAACUCCGUUCCCACUCAGAACGGCGAGCCCAUCCUGAUAAACGGCACUGCAGCUAACCAGGAGUCUUUGUAUGGACACGAAACCUUACUUGAAGCCUCGCAACAUCUGGGAUCUGAGCUGCCCACGGACGGACUUCCACAUGCUGAACAAACCGUCAAGCCUGAGGAGCUAAGUGUAACACCUGCCCCUGCAGAAAUCUCAAUAGACGCGGAAACUACAUUUCUUGCUGCGUCAUUCGAUGGUAGUCUUCGGAUUUGGGAUAAACGACAGCAAGUACCAGUAGCCACAAUGAUGCCCCACAACGUUCCACCUUGGUGUAUGGGUGCUUGUUUUUCGUCUGACGGUAACUUCAUUUAUGCAGGGCGGAGGAAUAGUAGCGUGGAUGAAUACAGUCUGCACAUGGGACUUCAACGACCGAGCAGGAAUUUCAAGCUUCCAAAUAAUAGUGGACCUGUGAGCGCCGUUAGAGCUAUGCCAAACGGUCGUCAUCUCAUAUGUACUUUGUUCGCGACUGAACAACUGAUUGCCGAAGCAUUAACUAUGCCUGAAUACAUGGGGUUGAACGUCAACGUUGUUGUUGAGGAUGAAGAACUGAAGGAGUGGGGGACACAAUAUCUGAACAAGAGUAGGAAGGUCUCGUCUUACGUGGAAUCGAGAACAGACCAGAAGUUCCAUAUUUCGAUCCAGCCACAAGUACCAACAUUCACACUGCCUCCGAGCCUUCAAAGCAGACCUCUAGACCAAGCAAUAGUCGCAGGGAGUACUCGCCUCCUUGCCACCCUUUACUUGGACAAUCGCAAAGUACCAGCAAAACGCAGUGUCGUCUAUCUGGAUGAAGGACACCCGGAUGCGAACGAAGGUUGCAAAGUUUGCAUCAAAUCCCGUUGGAUAAAAACUGCUAGUGGUGCUUUCAAAGAGCAUAGCUGGGUUUUCAAGGAACGUUCAGUAGAUGCUCUUUUAGGAAUCGUAGAUUUAGACUUGAAUGAGGACACUCUGCGGAAUGAAAGCGACGAGGAUGUACUCACCAAGGCUCUGGAAGCAGCAGCAUCACUGGAUACCCACCUUGAAACUUCGAAAGCCUCUGGCAAAGUAGGGCAGAUCGUUGUUGAGUUUUCGAGAGUUACCUUAGGUUCCUCCUAUGUAGACACCCUGCAUCGUUCACACUAUGAUUACAAUGGGGCUGGAGAAGUCGACCCGUCUCGAGAUAACCGGGACAUUGUCCAUACUGCUGGUUUGGUGACCAAUAAUAUAGAAAGUCGCCAUCUUUCUCGCGUCGUCGACGUGCACCCCUAUGCACGUGACGAUGGCCCCUUUGCUACAUUCCAGUUCUUUUACAGAACAAAGGAACAAUUGGCAAAAUAUGGCUUCCCUGGACUCAGUGGCCUAACACCUACCUCUCGGCAAUCUCAAAAAUUAGAUUCUAGGCUUAUAGAUUUCGUGCCUCUAAGCUUCAGCCAACACAAGCCACUCACAUUAGCAAAAGCGGUCCAGUCCUUCGAAGCAAGUAUUGCCAAUAACUCUCUCCUAAAAGGCAGCCAACCAGAAUCAACGCUCAAACCUGAGUGUCGUGAAUUCCAAAAUACGUCGCUGAAGACUGAUUCAGAGCAAAUUGACACACGCAAGCCAGGAAAGGAACUUGGUCAAAUGGAGAGGGACAGAGAAAAGCCUCAAGAGCCUAACAGCAAUGUACGAGCUACACAAAAGACACCAGACCAGACCUUCAGCCAUUACAUUACACAAUCAACUGAAGAGGAAAAGGAGUUGAGCCUAGCAAGUGCGAAGAUAUCCUCGCCUUGGAAGACCAAUCCAACCUCACAGAGUGAAUCCUCACGGGUCUCCCCACAAGAUCAUCCAAAUAACCAACCCUCUUUUCAGAAUCUUCCUAAUUCGACCACCUUUCGGGAUUCUCAGCCUGAUAUGGAAUACCAGGAUAAGGCAAGCGAAGACAAUACUGUGCCGUGUACAGACUUCGAUGCAGAUGAAAUUGAUGCCACGGAUUACCCCGCGAACCCAGAAGAAGCGGAAGAGACUUACACACAUAUACGCAACCGAUUGCAGAAUGUCGUACUUGGCAAGAGGAACCGCGACAAGAGCGAAAAUGGCGGCAACAUAGACCAAUCGUUGCAAGAUGCAGCAAUUUCGAAGCUAAGCGAUGUCAGCCAGCUACCGGGUGCUAGUGCGAUCAAAGGCAGCGACGGAGGAGGUGAGGCCGCCGAGAAACGCGUCAAAACUGGUGAGGUGAUGGAUAACGUGAGAGAAAGCAACGCCUCUUAA